ACCGGGCAGCGUCUGGACACAGCCAUGGAGUGGAGAGUGCUUCCCGCGGGCCUGCUGCUGCUCUGCUCUGCUGUCCUCAUUCAGCAGGCCUCAUCUAAAGAUUUAUCAAGCUGUGCAGGGAGAUGUGGGGAAGGGUAUUCUAGAGAUGCCACCUGCAACUGUGAUUAUAACUGUCAACACUACAUGGAGUGCUGCCCUGACUUCAAGAAAGUCUGCACGGUGGAGCUCUCCUGUAAGGGCCGCUGCUUCGAGUCCUUUGCCAGAGGCAGGGAGUGUGACUGUGAUGCCCAGUGUAAGACGUACGGCAAGUGCUGCUCCGACUACGAGGAAUUCUGCCAAGAAGUGCACAAUCCCACAUCACCACCAACUUCCAAGCCGGCACCUCGGCCUCCAGGAGCACCUCAAAGCAUCAAAUCAACAACUAAACGCUCGCCCAAAGCACCAAACAAGAAGAAGACUAAGAAAGUUAUAGAAUCAGAGGAAAUAACAGAAGAACAUUCUGUUUCUGAAAAUCAAGAGUCCUCCUCCUCCUCUUCUUCUUCCUCUUCAACUAUUCGGAAAGUCAAGUCUUCCAAAAACUCAGCUGCUAAUAGAGAAUUACAGAAGAAACCCAAAGUGAAAGACAACAAGAAAAAAAGAACUCCUAAAGAGGAACCUAGUUCAAAGCCACCGGCAGCAGAUGACAUUGGAAGUGGACUGGACAGUGGUGACCCUAAGCCCACCCCAACGCCCGUUGUCUCCACCACACCACGUAGUAAGGUUACCUCACCUCCCAAAACUACAACGGUAAAGCCAACAAAUCCUAAACCUAGUUCUCCACCUAAUCCUGAUAAAUCCAAAGAGAAACCUCCCAAAACCAAUAAGGAGACUACAGUUGAAACUAAGACUACUGAAACAAACAAACAGACGUCAAGCAGUGCAAAAGAGAAGACAACCUCAAUUAAAGAGACACGGACUGCAGACAAAACACCUGCUAAAGAUUCUACACCCUCACCGAAACUCCCUGCUAAGCCUACUCCCAAAGCAGAAACUACAACGAAAGCCCCUGUUCUCACGACUCCUAAAGAACCUGCAGCCACCACCCCCAAGGAAGCUGCUCCUACCACCACUAAGCAGUCAGCCCCUACUACCCCUAAGGGGGCAACCCCCACCACACCCAAGGAGCCUGUUCCCACCACAACCAAGGAGCCUGCUCCCACCACAACCAAGGAGGAGCCUGCUCCCACCACGCCCAAGGAGCCUGCUCCCACCACGACCAAGGAGCCAGCCCCUACCACAACCAAGGAGCCUGCCCCUACCACGACCAAGGAGCCUGCUCCCACCACAACCAAGGAGCCUGCUCCCACCACAACCAAGGAGGAGCCUGCUCCCACCACAACCAAGGAGCCUGCUCCCACCACGACCAAGGAGCCUGCUCCUACCACGACCAAGGAGCCUGUUCCCACCACGACCAAGGAGCCUGCUCCUACCACGACCAAGGAGCCUGCUCCUACCACACCCAAGGAGCCCGCUCCCACCACAACCAAGGAGCCUGUUCCCACCACACCCAAGGAGCCUGCUCCCACCACGACCAAGGAGCCCGUUCCCACCACAACCAAGGAGGAGCCUGCUCCCACCACGCCCAAGGAGCCUGCUCCCACCACGACCAAGGAGCCCGCCCCUACCACGACCAAGGAGCCUGCUCCCACCAUGCCCAAGGAGCCUGUUCCCACUACGACCAAGGAGCCUGCUCCCACCACGACCAAGGAGCCUGCCCCAGACUCCCCCAAGGAGCCUGUUCCCGACUCCCCCAAGGAACCUGCCCCCAACUCUCCCAAGGAGCCUGUUCCUGACUCCCCCAAGGAACCUGUUCCCGACUCCCCCAAGAAGCCUGUUCCUGACUCCCCCAAGGAGCCUGCCCCCGACUCUCCCAAGGAGCCUGCCCCCAACUCUCCCAAGGAGCCUGUUCCUGACUCCCCCAAGGAACCUGUUCCCGACUCCCCCAAGAAGCCUGUUCCUGACUCCCCCAAGGAACCUGCCCCAGACUCCCCCAAGAAGCCUGUUCCCAACUCUCCUAAGGAGCCUGUUCCCGACUCCCCCAAGGAGCCUGUUCCUGACUCCCCCAAGGAGCCUGCCCCCGACUCCCCCAAGAAGCCUGUUCCUGACUCCCCCAAGGAGCCUGCCCCCGACUCCCCCAAGAAGCCUGUUCCUGACUCCCCCAAGGAGCCUGUUCCUGACUCCCCCAAGGAACCUGCCCCCGACUCCCCCAAGAAGCCUGUUCCUGACUCCCCCAAGGAGCCUGUUCCUGACUCCCCCAAGGAACCUGCCCCCGACUCCCCCAAGAAGCCUGCCCCCAACUCCCCCAAGGAGCCUGUUCCUGACUCCCCCAAGGAGCCUGCCCCCAACUCCCCCAAGGAGCCUGCCCCUGACUCCCCCAAGGAGCCUGCUCCAAGUACUUCUCAGACACCUGCUGCAGCUACCACCACGCAGCCUCCCACUCAACCAAAUGCUGAACCUUCUACUCCAAAGGCAACUACUUCUGUACCUGAAGUAACCACAGCAACCAAAAUGACAACUACUACUGAAGAGUCUACAAACAAACCUGAAGAAUCAUCAGACGCAGAUACUGACGCCAAAGCAACUGAUGCCAAACCUCCAAAACCAACUAAAGCACCGAAAAAGCCUACUUCCCUCCCAAAGCCAACCAGAGCACCCAAGAAGCCUAUCUCCACCAGGAAGCCAAACACAUCAAAAGUGAAGAAACCAAAGACUACUCCAACCCCCCCAAAGACAACUACACCAUCCUCUUCAGAAUUGAACCCUACCACUACGGCAGGAGCCCUGCUCCAAACCACCACCAAGCCCACUUCUACCCAGAAAGUAGAUAUCGCUGAAGCAAACCCGGGAGAAAAGCCUUUUGUGAUCCCCGGGCCCCCUGGGUUCAUCCCUGUAGUCAUCCCAGGUGGCGGGUACCUGGUGCGGGAACCCAGCGAACGCAUCAUCACUAGUCCCAUGCUUUCAGAUGAGACCAAUCUGUGCAACGGUAAGCCAGUAGACGGACUGACUACACUGCGCAAUGGGACGCUGGUCGCAUUCCGAGGUCAUUAUUUCUGGAUGCUGAACCCGUUUCAACCACCAUCCCCGCCUCGCCGAAUCACCGAAGUCUGGGGCAUACCGUCCCCUAUUGACACAGUUUUUACCAGAUGCAACUGUGAGGGAAAAACUUUCUUCUUUAAGGAUUCUCAGUACUGGCGGUUCACCAAUGAAGUAAAAGACGUAGGGUAUCCCAAACCAAUUGCGAAAGGAUUUGGAGGACUAACUGGGAAAAUCGUGGCCGCUCUUUCAAUAGCUAAAUACAAGAACAGGCCCGAAUCUGUAUAUUUCUUCAAGAGAGGUGGAAACAUCCAGCAGUAUACUUAUAAGCAGGAACCCGUCAGGAAGUGCCCUGGACGGUCCCCUAUAAAUUACUCCGUGUACGGGGAAACGGCCCAGGUCAGGCGUCGGCGCUUUGAGCGUGCCCCAGGACCGCAAAUACAAACUAUCAGAAUCCAGUACUCGCCUGUCAGAGUCCAGUACCCGCCUGUCAGAGUCUCUUAUCAAGACAAAGGCUUCCUGCAUAAUGAAGUGAAAGUAAGUACCAUAUGGAGCGGACUCCCAGGCGUGGUCACCUCAGCCAUCUCACUGCCCAAUGCCAGGAAGCCCGACGGCUACGACUACUAUGCCUUCUCCAAAGAUCAAUACUAUAAUGUCGACGUGCCUACCAGAACGGCAAGAGCAAUUACUACUCGUUCCGGGCAGACGCUAUCCAAGAUCUGGUACAACUGCCCGUAGGCGGGGGACGAAGGAAGAGCCAACGAUUUAAAAUGAAGAAAAGAAUGACACAUUUUGACACCGAAAUACAUUUUAUUAAUAAAGCAUGUUGAGACAAG